ACAUAGUAAUAAUAAUAAUAAUGCAUUUCAGGAAAGCCUGCUACGACGAGCCUCCAUCGUUUGCACCACACGGCCGUGGUGUGAUGGAGAUGUGCGCUUAGCUUCAUGUGUCCGGCGGGUCUGCCCCUGGCUUUUUUUCUGGGGAAGAUCAUAUUGGAUCAUAUUGUUUGCAGGACGUUGUUCCUCCUGCAGCCCCCCCAGUCUAUCCCGACGUAGUUGUGAAUUGAACAUGGCGACUGUACCAGUAUAUUGCAUCUGCAGAUUACCUUACGACGUGACCCAGUUUAUGAUCGAGUGCGAUGCUUGCAAGGACUGGUUCCACGGCAGCUGUGUUGGGGUGGAUGAAGAUGACGCUCCAGAUAUUGACAUAUAUCACUGUCCAAACUGCGAGAAGACCCACGGCAAAUCCACAUUGAAAAAGAAAAAGAACUGGAGCAAACAUGACACGGGGCAAAGCACAGACAUCAAAGCUGUUCAGAAUGGCAGCCAGGUUUUCAUAAAGGAGCUUCGCAGUCGGACCUUUCCAAGUGCUGAUGACAUAGUGGUGAAGCUUGCCGGCACUCAGCUGACCAUGGAGUACCUGGAGGAGGUCGGCUUCAACGAGCCCAUCCUGGUUCCGAAGAAGGACGGUCUGGGCAUGUCCAUGCCUGCUCCCACCUUCUACAUCAGUGAUGUGGAGAACUAUGUUGGUCCUGAUGUCGGUGUGGACGUGGUUGACGUCACCAAACAGACAGACAGCAAGAUGAAGCUCAAAGAGUUUGUUGAUUAUUACUACAGCACAAACAGAAAGAAAGUGUUAAAUGUCAUCAACCUGGAGUUCUCUGACGCAAGGAUGAACAGUAUAGUGGAGAGUCCACAGAUUGUGCGGCGGUUGUCUUGGGUAGAAAACUACUGGCCUGAUGACGCUCUGCUCGGGAAGCCAAAAGUCACCAAAUACUGUCUCAUCUGUGUCAAAGACAGCUACACAGACUUCCACAUCGAGUGCGCUGGCGCCUCCGUCUGGUACCACGUCCUAAAGGGAGAAAAGAUCUUUUUCCUCAUCAAGCCCACCUCUGCCAACCUGUCUCUGUACGAGCGCUGGAGGUCAUCGUCCAAUCACAGCGAAAUGUUCUUUGCUGACCAGGUGGACAAGUGUUACAAAUGUACUCUGAAGCAAGGGCAGACUCUGUUCAUCCCAUCAGGUUGGAUCAAUGCAAUACUGACUCCGGUCGACUGCCUGGCGUUCUCUGGACACUUCGUCCACAACCUGAGUGUGGAGAUGCAGAUGAGAGCGUACGAAAUCGAGAAGCGGCUAAAGGUCAAAACUCUCACCCCCUUCCCCAACUUUGAGACGGCGUGCUGGUAUGUGGGAAGACAUCUCCUCGAGCGAUUCAAAGGUUUACAUAAAGCAAAUAAGCAACCAGCCCCAUACCUGAUACAUGGUGCCAAAAUCAUCAAUGGAGCCUUCAGAGCUUGGACUAAGAAACAGGCCCUCUUGGAACAUGAAGAUGAGCUUCCAGAGAACAUGAAACCAUCACAGCUCAUUAAGGAUCUUGCCAAAGAGAUCAGACUGUCAGAGAAUGCAACGAAAGCCAUUAAGAGUGAGCCCAGCAUUAAGGUACCUGUGGAGGAGCCCCCAUCCACCCACUCCGAGCCUGAGGAGCCCGUUUCCCCGGCCCAUGUCCCCUCACCCAGCAGAGAGAAAGCCAGAAAGAAAGCCUCCAAACCCCCUAAACCUCCCAAGCCUCCCAAACCCCCAAAGAUGCCCAAGGCCCCCAAGCCUCCAAAGGUGCCGAAGGUCAAGGAAGGAGGGAAGAAGAAAGCGAAGAAAGCGAAAGAGUUGUCACCGCCUCCUAAACCCUCCAGCUUCGCAGCUCUUGAGUCCCAUGCAAAAGACAUCUUGAGUAAAAUGGACCAGCCGAAAAAGACAAAGGCUGUUAAGAAUGUCCUGAGUAUGUCAGAGAAGGAGAUCACAAAGCAGAACAACAUGGAGAAGUUUGAAAUCAGAGAGCAGAAUAAAAACAAGACUGAAGCAAAAUGGAAGUAUAAGAACAGUAAACCAGAUUCUCUGCUGAAAAUGGAGGAAGAGUGCAGAUUUGACAGAACACCGCUGUCUGGCAAUAAAGACCGAUUCAGCUUUACUAUGUCUCACAAGAAAAUGCUUGGCUCCAAGACGCUGAAACCUCAGACCAACUCAAGUGUUUUCGGAUCAUUACAAAACCUAAAAGAGGACAAAACCAAGCCAGUGAGAGACGAGUACGAGUAUGUCUCAGAUGAGGGGGAGCUGAAGAUUGACGAAUUCCCCAUCAGGCGGAAAAAGAACACCGUCAAGAGAGAUCUGUCCUUUUUGUCGGACAUCAAAGAACCUAUUCAGCCAGCCAAGAAACCAAAGUUCCAACCCUUGGUGACAAAGAGUGUGGACUCCUCAGACGAAGAGACUCUGCACAUCGACACAGAGGCCAAGCCCGAGGGCAAAAGUCGCAACUCUAAGGUCAAGAAAAAGGGCGGCAGCGCAGCGGGGAUCCUUGACCUGCUGCAGGCCAGCAAGCAAGUGGGAGGGAUUGACUACAGCACCAACAGUCAGCCACCUGCAUCUCCCAGCACACAGGAGGCCAUUCAGGGCAUGCUGUCCAUGGCCAACCUGUCGUCUUCAGACAGCUUGCAGCAGCCGUGGAGCAACAGCCAGUCCAAAAACAAUAGCCAGUCGAAGAGCAACUCACACAGCACGCAGGCCGGCAAGAAGGCCAGCGGAGGAGGAAGCGGCGGAGGCGGCAGCAGCAACAACAGCAAGCGGCCCACCAAACGGCUCCCGAAGAAACCCAGGAAAAGCAGCAGCAUCGAGAGUCUGGAUUACGAUGACGACCAGGACCACAUGGACGCGUGUUUCAAGGACUCCGAUUAUGUGUACCCCUCGUUGGAGUCUGAAGAGGAUAACCCUGUUUUCAAAUCCAGAUCGAAAAAAAGGAAAAGCAGUGACGACACUCCGUACAGCCCGACAGCCCGUGUAGGACCCUCAGUUCCUCGGCAGGAGCGGCCAGCGAGAGACGGAGCCCGAGUGGCCUCCAUAGAAACAGGCCUGGCCGCAGCUGCAGCAAAGCUAUCCCAUCAGGAGGAGCAGCAGAAAACUAAGAAGAAGAAGAAAAGCACCAAAAAGAAGGCAAUAGUAAUUGAGGAGCCCCCGAAAAUCUCUCAGGACAGUAGCUCACCGGAGCACAAUCUGGACUCCCAGGAUGGCAGCCUGACAGACCACGAGUUCAACACUGGAACAGUCAAGUCGCCGGGAGGGCCACAGCCCAUGGCGCCGGGGGUUUUUCUUAGCCAGAGGCGACCGUCAAUGUCUUCUCCUAACAACAGCACCAACUCCACGAGCACCAACAGCAGCAGCAUGGCGAAGGGGGAUCGUGUGGUGUCAGCAGACGCCAAAGGUUUCGGGGUUACUCUACGAAAGCCUCUGAACCUGAACUAAAUGUGCGUGGGCACAUUUACCAGUGACCAGCUAAGCGGCUAAAGAAAGGCAUGGCAACAGCCAAACAGAGACUUGGAAAGAUUUUAAAGAUCCAUCGAAAUGGAAAGCUCCUCCUGUAGCAUGCAGCAGACUGCUGUCGGACUGGGAAUUCAUGAGCUGGGUCCCAUCCCAACCUCACCCCCUGUUCACUGAUUAAAGCCAACAAUGGAGAAAAAAAGAAAAAAAAAAAAAAAAAAAGAAAGAAAAUCAUGCAUUUUUCAAUUUCUAAGAAGAACAUCACGCAAAUAGGUUUUUGCCUCUACUUAUACUUUAUAACUUUCAGAUAUUAAAGUGUACAGAACCUACUAUAAAUAUUUUUUAAGAGAACAUGUCUCAUUUUACUACAGCUGUCAGUUUAUCAGGGGUUGCUAAAACAUGAAGUAGAAGUACAUUGCAGUCAUUCCAAGAUUUUUGAAAGUAUCCCUUGCAUGUAUUCAGUUGCAUGUGCGCUUGGGUCAGGGUUCGGGGAUUUUACACGUUAAUUCCUACUAUAUGGAUGCAGCUUAUCAUUCAGCCACACUGAUGAUCAACGGGUGGAAACGGAAAAACCAGCUCCUUUCUUCCCUCCCAGAUUCUCCGUGUACGGCGGAGCGAUUGGAGUCAACUCAAGCAUUUAUCUCUUUAUGUUAACACUUAACAUUUGCAGAGCACUAUCAGCGGUGAUAUUUAUUUAUUGGUGUUGAGGCGUAGAUAGGAAGCGGGACUGAAAGGAACAACUGUAAAGCACAAAGUGAAUCGUGGAUAUGGCUGUGUAUGAAACAGCAGCAGUGAGGCGAACAUAGGACGAAGUGGCAAACAUGAAAAUCAUAGGAUUUCUGACACUACGUGGGACCUGUGGCUCAUGAUAAGCCUCAUCCAUGUCAGGUUUGCAGUUACAUGGGGAUACUUUCUCUCUUCUUUUGCUUUCACAGGCAGCACCGACUCAUCUCUGCGUUUUUACGGCUUCACACAGUUCAGUAUAUAGAAUGUAGCUUGUACAUAGCCUUUUAAAUUACUACUUUUUGUAUCCUUUCCCCUUAAGGCUUAAUUCUACAUUUUUACUGGUUUUGCUAAUUAUGAAUAAAUGAAUAAAAAUAUAUAUAUGAAUAUACAGUAUAGUCCUGAUUUCUGAACUUUUUUUUUUUUUUAACAGCAGAGAUUUUUUUGUUUGUUUGUUUUUUUGCGUUAGAUUUUAAGGUGUUGCCUGGAAAGCAACUGAAGAAAUAAUACAUUUUAUUGUCAUAUGGCCUUACAUACACAAAGCUAAUUGUAUUGUGAUUCUGUUUGAACAAGAGACGAAGCUUUGAGGAAAAAUGAUAUAAAAGGAAAAAAAAAAACACUUAAAGUUUCUAUGACCAGCCUCUUGUUCGAGUUCUAGUAUCCUGAAGGGUUUCGGAAUUAUUUUACUAGCACCUUGUGAAGUGUUUAUGUGUCAGUGAUGUAAUUUAUUAAUGUUUGUAGCUUUUUUAUACUUGUACAAUUCUUAAGAGUUUUUGUUUUUGAAUAUUUCAUUGACUUGUGAAAAUUACCCUUAGCAGACGAUUAUUGUUUUCCCCUGUUUUGUUUUUAUUUUUUGUUGGUUUUUUUGGAUGUGUGUGUGUUUGGGGGACAUCACAAACAUUUUACACACUAGAAUAUACGUUAACAUUUUUUUUUCCUGUCUUCACUCAAUGUCAAUGUUAUCAUGGAAAACAUUUCCAGCCUGACAUGUUAUUAUUGUUAUUAUUAUUAUUAUUAUUAUUAUUGUUAAUAUUAUAGUUAUAAGCAGCUGCGUCCACGCCUCCAUCACACCCUUUUAUUUUGGUCCGGACAUUUUGAACGUUUAAUGAGCUAUACUCUAUAGCAGCAGUGUUUUAGUCACAGAUGUAAACCAUGCGUCCACUUCUCAGAGAUGAGAUGCGCUCCGAUCAAACUGUCAGUGGGACAUAUUUUCAGGUUUUUAUUUGUACAAUAUGUGUAUUGCUUUGUUGUGGUUUAUUUUUGUAUGUCCGACCUAUUAAAUGCAUCCACUGUGCCAGGACAGUGAAUGAUACCUGUUGUAGCUGUCUUCCCUUACUGUUAUUUGCAGUACUAGUAAGUAUUUACAAUCCUUUUUGACCUGAAUCUAUAUUUUUCUGUAUUUAGACGAUUCUGUUUGAGAUCAUGGCUCACUUUUUUAAGACAUCGAGAAAUGGCAAACUCCGAGGAACAAGCAUAUUGUUGUUGAAUGAUAUGAUUGUCCGCCUUGUUUACUUUUGCAAUACAGUUACUGUGGAAAACCUCCUUUGUAAUGUGUUCCUCUCCCACUCGCUAUGUGACAGCUUCUGUGGUGACGACUAAACAUGUUUUUCCUGCUUCACAUUGUCAUGCUUUGAAGUUGCAUCAAAUCCAGCAUCACACUGAUCACAGACUGAUUUUUUUUGUUUGUUUGUUUGGGGUUUUUUUUGUUCCUUAAAAACUAAAAAAUCAGCCCAAGCUCUCAGCUUCUGGACUCAGUUUAGGAUCUUGCCUCCUGGAGCUUGAGCAGCUGCUUUAGCCAAGUCAUUAAUUAAAACCAAGCCAAAGUCAACACCAUUAAAAAUGUAUUAACGUAAAAGUGCUCUCAAGUAGUCGGACUCUUUUUACUGGAGGACGCCCUUUCACCAUCCUGAGCAGGUGUUGCAGUGUUUAAAGAGAACGUACACUGAAAGUCACACAGGAUUCUGCUCAGUCAGGAAAACGUAUUUCCUGGUGUUUACUUCUACUGCCUCGCAUGAUUUGAUUUUGUUCUUAAAUCUGUGGUUAGACAGCCGGUGUUAGUGUCAAACACUAAAGCAACAGCAAGUCUACGCCACUAGAUGGAGUCAAAAAAAUGUAAGAAUACAGCAUCUGAUGCAUGUUUUUAAAUCAUCUUAGUGCAGUAAUGUUCAGGCAGACCACAAAUGCAGGAUGCAAAUAUUGCAGAGCGGCUGUGUUUUGGUAUGAGCUGCAUAUUUAGACUGAAAGGCUUGACCAUUCAGUAAGCUUUUAAUACACAUUUAGAUCCAGAUUUUAUCAGCACAAUUACAGAAGAGAAAGGAAAACAACUUUUGAAGACAGGAUGUGAACAUCAAUAAGGAUCAAUGAGUGUCUCCAACAAAAAUAAGUCAAUUAACUUUCACUCUGUGUAAUUACAGACUGAUUACAUCAAUGGGGAAGUUAUGUGAAGCCUUCAUACAUUAUGUUUUAUUGCUGGCCUUAUAACACAUCUGGACACAAUUGAUUUCACACAAAAA